CGUGAAUUUUUCACUAAAUCGAUACUCAGUGCAAAAAGUGCAAUUGUUCUCUUUUUAUGCCUAUAUUCUCUUCAAUCCUACAACGAAAAGAAUAAAAGAUGACGCGACAUACCAACAUGAAAUAUUAUCAAAAGUUUAUCCUUUUAUCGAGGAAAUUGACAGAGAGUAUUACGGGUAAAGGUUAUAGUGAAAGUGUUAAUAGAAGUAAAUUAUUUAAUCGUAUAAAUGCUUUGUGGAAAAUAAAAAUGCCUAUGCAAAAUCAUCCAAAAAUUUUAACCCAAUUGAAAAAUUAUUUAUAUAAAUCUGGUUACGAUAAAAACUUACAAUUUAUUUUCUCGAAAUAUUGGUUAGAUUUCCUACAGAAAGUAACGUAUUCACAAAUAAAUACGUUAAAAAAGUUACAAAUUGAAUUUUCUAAAAAUGCUAAUGAUAGCCAAACGUUAAAUGAAGAAAGGUGCAAUAAUAAUAAUAAUAUUAAUAAUAAUAAUAAUAAUAAUAAUAAUAAUAAUAAUGAGAAAACAGAAAAAGAGCAUAUAGUGUUGGAAACCAAAGAGAAAGCAACAUUAACUACCAAUACCAUUAAUUGUAAAAGCCAAAUUCAAGAAGAUACUACAAAUGAAAGGAAAUUUCAAAAUAAACCAGGAACUCAGUCUAUUUCUAAAUUUCUUGGUGCACUAAUAUUUAAUUCUGUUAAAAGUAAAACAGCCAGAUUAGUUGUGCCGCCGAAAUGGAAAAUGAAUGUUUACAAUAAUAUAUCAAAGCACAGCAUUAAAUCUAGAACACGUCAUGUUUUAAAUGCUAUUAUAACUGCUGAAUCAAAUGCUUCACGUUUGAGAAGGAUCGAGGAUUUGCUGGUACAUAUUGAUCAGUAUUCAGAAGCCAGGCAUUAUGCAAUUAAAGAGGGAGCAAUUAGUUUAUUGCUCAAAACUCGACAGAAAGUUACAGAUGAACAAAUAAAAGCAUCUAUCAGAGAAGCGUUAGCUGUAUUGGGUUAUACUGAUCCGUUACCUGGCAAAGGCAUUAGAAUCCUUUCUAUCGAUGGGGGAGGUAUACGUGGUGUAUUAGUAAUAGAAAUGUUGAGAAAGCUUGAGCAGUUGACAGGAAAAAAAACUCAUGAAAUGUUUGAUUAUAUAUGUGGCGUGAGUACAGGAGCUAUUCUUGCUGCUACUCUAGGUGGACAUAAACGAAGAACACUAGAUGAGAUAUUUGAAUUGUACAAAGAACUAAGUGCUAAAGUAUUCACUCAAAAUGCUAUAAAGGGGACAAGUAACUUAGUAUGGAGCCACGGAUAUUAUGAUACAGCACUCUGGGAAAAAUUACUGCAAGAGUAUUUAGGAGAUAAAGCUCUUAUAAAAACAGUUCAUGACCCAAUGGCUCCAAAAUUUUCAGCAAUAUCCGCUGUAGUAAACCACAAACGCGUGAUGGCUUAUGUAUUUCGAAAUUAUACUCUACCUCAUAGAGCCGAAAGUCUAUAUAUAGGAUCUCAUAAUCACAAAUUAUGGGAAGCUAUUAGAGCAUCUGCGGCAGCACCUAGUUAUUUUGAAGAAUUUAAAUGCGGUGAAUAUCUUCAUCAAGAUGGAGGUAUAUUGGUAAAUAAUCCAUGUGCAAUUGGAUUACACGAAGCCAAACAAUUGUGGCCAAAUAAUCCAAUUCAAUGUGUGAUUUCGUUUGGAACUGGACGAACACCGAACCAAAUCUGUAAAAACAGCGAUAAUUUAGCGGAAAUAGCGAUUUUGAGUUGGAAGGAAAAGUUUUACAAAAUUUUAGACAGUGCAACAGAUACGGAAGCUGUACACGCUAUGUUGAACGACCUUCUACCCGAACAUGUUUACUUUCGUUUCAAUCCAUAUUUAACGGAGAUGUUAUCAAUGGUAGAAGUUCGUCCUGAGAAGAUCAAUCAAUUAGAACAAGAUGCGAGAAUGUAUAUACGUAGAAACGAGGAGAAAUUUCAGAGAGCUGCUGAAGUUUUAUUGCAAAAGAGAAAAAUCCAACAACAAAUUAUGGAUUGGAUUACAUUACAUAGAAAGAUGUCAGGUUUAUAAAUUAUCCUAUUUCGCAAAUUAAUAGGCAUUCCAUAAUUUAAAAGAUAUAUGUAGGAAUUACAUGGACAUAGGAUUAUUAAGUACAAGUUUUAGAUUAGACAUACACGUGUACGGGGUGCGGUUUGUUUCCGAGGAAAUCGAUUUUAUUAUGGAUUUUCGAUUUCGAAAUCCAUUAAAUAUGUGUGCACCUACAUAACUUAUCAUAGUUGUAUUGCACUACAUUCUAUUUGCUUAAAAACUAAGCAUAGAAUGAAAAUUUCAUAUGGAAUCACAAGUUAUCCACUUUUAUCAUUUUCUUCGGUCGCAUCCUGUAUAUUUUCGUGUCUGCUUU